GCGACGUCACGGUGGCGGUUCUGAGCGGCUCGGCCAGUGGGGCGCGGCGGAGUGCACCUCUGGGCCCGAGGGUGGAGGGAGCUGCUCGCAGCCCGGGACCGCUCUUCUCUGCCUGCCUGCCGUCCGUCCAGCCCCCGUCGCCCCGCCGACAGCGCCUUCCACUUGUCCCCGGCGCCCUCCGAGGCCGAGGCGGACGAGGCGGCGUCCGGCCUCGACCCCGCGCCCGCGGAAUCCCGGGCGGGACCAUGCUGGAGUCCAUCCGUGUGACGGAAAAGCUUCACUGGCCUGAGCAAGAACUUGCUAAGAAGUCUGUUCUAAGUGCAGAAGAAUCAUUGAUCUCUGACAGCAAGAGAAACUUUUCACCUUUAUCCUGUGGAAUUCUAAAGGACAUUUUUACAACUGGUACAAGUAGUUACAACGUCCUGCUGCAGAGCAAAGAGGAGAAAAAACAUUCCCACAAGUGGUCUUCCUCUACCCACUCCAAACGAUGCAGAAAGCCUGGCAAAUCACCUAGCUCCUCUUGUAGCAAAGAUCCUCGCAGGGUGAAAGAGCCUGUGACAAGUGAUGGUACUUGGUACUGCCUGGAGAGGCAGCCUUGUUUUUGUGUCACUGCUUCUGUGUCCAGUCCUGUGAGGCUCACAAAUUCUAUCUCUUUUACAGGAAGCAGCGUAGGACUGCCACCUAAAGCCAAAAAUAAGGUCAAGCAGUACCAUUCUGCCCCCCUUCCAAAGCCAAAGCAGCUGCAGCCUCAGCUGUCUAGAAGCUUCGAAAAAGGAGAUGACUUUUCUGGGAAGAAAUUUUGUAUAUUGACUGCUAUAAAGCCAAUCAACUUAGAGAAAGAAAAACUGAGGUUCUUCAAGUCGGAUUUUACCUACAAUCCUCAGUUUGAAUAUGCCAAUUCUGCUCUGUCAAAUGUGCUAGCCAAGCAUGGCAAUGCAUCUAACAGGUUUCUCAAACAGUCCAUUCGUAUUAUGGAGCUGACUUUACAGAAAUAUGGAAGCUAUGAGAAAUUUGAACAAGCCACUGGUGGUAGCUUGCUGUCUAAGCCUCGGAUCUGGAGUCAUGUUAGGAAGUACAUGAUGAAGGAGGGCUGCCUGGGAGAGAUUGUAGUUCAUCUCACUGAAGACCUGCUUUCACGAGCUUCAAUGACAGUAGUCAAUGGAUGUCCAACUCUGACCAUCAAUGUUUCAACGGCCCGGGAGCACUGGCUGGAGGGAAUGCUGAGGCAUGAGAUAGGCACACAUUAUUUUCGAGGAAUCAACAACCUUCAGCAGCCAUGGGGCAGUUGGGUUGGACGUAAAAAACAUGAGCUAAAGCCCAACAACCCUACAGAGGAGGGACUGGCGAGCAUCCACAGUGUCCUGUUUAGAAAAGACCCCUUUCUGUGGAGGGCUGCCCUUCUCUACUACACUGUGUAUCAAGCCAGCCAGAUGUCAUUCUGUGAACUCUUCGAAGACAUUGGCAAGUUUGUCAAGGACCCUAACACCCGAUGGGAUUAUUGUGUACGAGCCAAGAGGGGAUGGACCGACACUUCCCAGCCCGGGUGCUUCAGUAAAGACCAAGUGUACUUGGACGGAACCCUCCAGAUCCUCCGAAACAGGCGCUCUAUAGACUUCUACCUGCUGACCGCCCUGGGAAAGGUUUCCUAUGAAGAUGUGGAUCGCUUAAGCGGACUGGCCGUUACCGACAAAAUGCGCGUCCCUCACUUCCUGCAGGACCACAGUCGAUACAUGGAGCACUUGGAGAAGAUCAUGGAAGUGAACAAACUGACUGACACAGAACUGAAAGCCCUCAUCUAGCAACCUGUGCUCUUGCAGACCCUGCCCAGCCACACUUCGUGUAUGCCACCAUCGAGGUACAUUUGGUACCACCGAUUCAUAAAAGAAGAAUGACUAUUUGCUUGAGUUUUCUCAAGAAUGGUCAUCAGUAUACAGAUGAAACUUUAAGUUUAGUACAAACGUGAACCAUUGGGAAAUGGUUCUAUACUUCUAUAGGCCACAGGGAAAGUGCCUCCUGUCUUCGUCUCCAAGUCAGAUGCAGUUUUCCUGCUUGCUUUCCGUGAGGCCUCAUGAGGGAAUGGGGUGAUGAACUUUGGCCUGAGCAC